CUCCAGCUUCUGCUCCGCUCGGGCCGGCGGGAUCUGGGCAGCAGCGGUGCAGCCUCGUCUUCCGAAGUGCGCUUACUGUCUGCGUGUCUCUGAGCCAUGGAGUCUACUGUGGCUGAUGUACACCUCGUGCCCAGGACAACCAAGGAAGUCCCCACUCCGGACGCUGCAUGCUGUCGAGUGACCACCAUUGGUGUGGUGGCCACCAGCCUUGUCAUCCUCACCCUGGGAGUCCUUUUGGCCUUCCUCUCUACACAGGGCGUCCACGUGGACCACACGGCCGAGCUGCGGGGAAUCCGAUGGGCCAGCAGUUUGCGGCAGGAGGCCUCGGACUAUCACCGCACACUGACGCCCACCCUGGAGGCACUGUUUGUAAGUAGUUUUCAGAAGACAGAGUUAGAGGCAAGCUGCGUGGGUUGCACGGUGCUGAAUUACAGGGAUGGGAACUCCAGUGUCCUCGUACAUUUCCGGUUGCGCUUUCUGCUGCGACCCCUCCAGACGCUGAGCCUGGGCCUGGAGGAGGAGCUAUUGCAGAGAGGGAUCCAGGCAAGGCUGCGAGAGCGCGGUAUCUCCCUGGCUGCCUAUGGCACAAUCGUGUCGGCCGAGCUCACAGGAAGACAUAAGGGACCCAUGGCAGAAAGAGACUUAAAAUCAGGCCACUGUCCAGGGAACUCCUUUUCCUGCCAGAACAGCCAGUGUGUGACCAAGGUGAACCCGGAGUGUGACGACCAGGAGGACUGCUCCGAUGGGUCCGAUGAGGUGCACUGUGAGUGUGGCUUGCAGCCUGCCUGGAGGAUGGCCGGCAGGAUCGUGGGCGGUGUGGAAGCAUCCCCAGGGGAGUUUCCAUGGCAAGCCAGCCUUCGAGAGAACAAGGAGCACUUCUGUGGGGCCACCAUCAUCAGUGCCAGGUGGCUGGUAUCUGCCGCUCACUGCUUCAAUGAACCGACGGAGUGGGUGGCCUACGUGGGUACGACCUACCUCAGUGGCUCGGAGGCCAGCACCGUGCGGGCCCGGGUGGCCCAGAUCAUCAAGCACCCCCUGUACAACGCAGACACGGCCGACUUCGACGUGGCAGUGCUGGAGCUGACCAGCCCUCUGCCUUUCGGCCUGCACAUCCAGCCCGUGUGCCUCCCGGCUGCCACACACAUCUUCCCACCCAGCAAGAAGUGCCUGAUCUCAGGCUGGGGCUACCUCAAGGAGGAUUUCCUGGUCAAGCCAGAGGUGCUGCAGAAAGCCACUGUGGAACUGCUGGACCAGGCACUGUGUGCCAGCCUGUACGGCCACUCACUCACUGACAGGAUGUUGUGUGCUGGCUACCUGGACGGGAAGGUGGACUCCUGCCAGGGCGACUCAGGAGGACCCCUGGUCUGCGAGGAGCCCCCUGGCCGGUUCUUUCUGGCCGGCAUCGUGAGCUGGGGAAUUGGCUGUGCAGAAGCCCGGCGUCCGGGGGUCUAUGCCCGAGUCACCAAGCUACGUGACUGGAUCCUGGAGGCCACCACCAGAGCCAGCGUGCCUCCGGCCCCCACGGUGGCUCCUGCCCCCGCCGCCCUCAGCACGGCCUGGCCCACCGGUCCUGAGAGCCCUGUGGUCAACACCCCCACCAAAUCCACACAGGCCCCCAGCACUGUGCCUCUUGACUGGGUCACCGUUCCUAAGCUACAAGAAUGUGGGGCCAGGCCUGCAAUGGAGAAGCCCACCCGGGUCGUGGGCGGGUUCGGAGCUGCCUCCGGGGAGGUGCCCUGGCAGGUCAGCCUGAAGGAAGGGUCCCGGCACUUCUGUGGAGCGACUGUGGUGGGGGACCGCUGGCUGCUGUCUGCCGCCCACUGCUUCAACCACACAAAGGUGGAGCAGGUUCGCCACCUGGGCACUGCGUCCCCUGGCCUGGGCGGGAGCCCGGUGAAGAUAGGGCUGCGGCGGGUGGUGCUACACCCCCUCUACAACCCUGGCAUCCUGGACUUUGACCUGGCUGUCCUGGAGCUGGCCAGCCCCCUGGCCUUCAACAAAUACAUCCAGCCUGUCUGCCUGCCCCUGGCCAUCCAGAAGUUCCCUGUGGGCCGGAAGUGCAUGAUCUGAUGGGGAAAUAUGCAGGAAGAAAUGGUGAGUCCUGCCCCGAUCGAGGGGAAUGCCACCAAGCCCGAGCUCCUGCAGAAGGCGUGUGGCAUCAUAGACCAGAAGACCUGUAGCGUGCUCUACAACUUCUCCCUCACAGACCGCAUGAUCUGCGCUGGCUUCCUGGAAGGCAAAGUGACUCCUGCCAG